AUGAUCGACCUCAAAGAUCUUGAGGUGCCCCAAAACGCGCACAACGAGAAUAAAGAUGCCGUCGCCUUUGAGAUGGACGAUGUGGCGGAACAAAAACUCCAAAACGGGAGGAGCGAAGCCGUCAUGGACGCGGAACUGCAGCAGCUCGAAGAGCAGAUACACAGUGUCCCCAUUUCCCGCUACGAGAUGACCCUGUCCAACCCUGCUGCCUUUACCUAUGUUCUCGUCGCUUUCGCGUCUAUGGGAGGUAUGCUGUCUGGUCUUGACCAAUCGCUUAUCAGCGGUGCGAACCUCUACCUCCCCGUUGAUCUAGGCUUGUCUUCGGCAGACAACAGUCUAGUCAACGCCGGCAUGCCGCUUGGAGCCGUUGCUGGUGCUCUUAUCCUUUCGCCAGCAAACGAGUACCUUGGUCGUCGUAUGGCCAUCAUCGUCUCCUGUAUCUUGUACACCAUCGGCGCCGCCCUGGAGGCUGGCGCUAUCAACUUCGGAAUGAUCUUCGCUGGCCGAUUUAUUCUUGGCGCUGGUGUCGGUCUGGAGGGUGGUACUGUUCCAGUCUAUGUCGCAGAGUGUGUCCCCCGCAGACUCCGCGGUAACCUGGUCUCCCUGUAUCAACUCAACAUCGCUCUGGGUGAAGUCCUCGGCUACGCCGUCGCCGCAAUGUUCGUCAGUGUGGAAGGAAACUGGCGUUAUAUCCUAGGCUCAUCACUAGUCUUCUCAACAAUCCUCUUCGUGGGCAUGCUAGUUUUACCGGAGAGCCCCCGAUUCCUAAUGCACAAAGGACGCGAGAUCGAAGCGUACGCAGUAUGGAAGAAGAUCCGUGGGUUCAAUGACUUCGAAGCCAAAGACGAGUUUCUCGGCAUGCGACAAGCCGUCACAGCCGAGAGCAUAGAGCAAGCCCAGACAAGAAAGUAUCCCUGGAUGGACUUCAUCACUGUUCCUCGUGCCCGCCGCGCAAUGGUGUACGCCAAUAUCAUGAUCUUCCUCGGACAGUUCACGGGCGUAAAUGCAGUGAUGUACUACAUGUCGACGCUGAUGCAGGCAAUCGGGUUCGGCAACAAGGACGCCGUCUUCAUGUCACUUGUCGGAGGUGGAGCACUGCUGAUCGGCGCCAUCCCGGCCGUGCUGUAUAUGGAGCGAUUUGGUCGUCGGUACUGGGCGAACGUAAUGCUCCCUGGUUUCUUUAUUGGCCUUGUGCUCGUCGGUGUGGGUUACACUAUCGAUGUCGAUAAAUACCCCGCCGCAGCACAGGGCAUUUACCUCACCGGUAUUGUGUUGUACAUGGGUUUCUUCGGCUCGUACGCUUGCUUGACGUGGGUCGUUCCUUCCGAGGUUUUCCCUACGUACCUGCGUUCCUAUGGCAUGACAACAGCCGACGCUAACUUGUUCCUGUGCUCGUUUAUUGUUACGUAUAACUUUACCCGGAUGAUGGAGUCUAUGCAGCGAAUUGGACUGACGCUCGGGUUCUACGGUGGUAUUGCUGUCCUUGGCUGGGCUUACCAGAUUAUCUUCAUGCCGGAGACUAAGAAUAAGUCCCUUGAGGAGAUCGAUGAGCUGUUCUCGCUUCCUACUGCUGUUAUUGUUAAGCGGAACUUGAAGCAGACAGCGCAGGUUAUUCGGGAUUUGUCGCACUUCCGUGUAAAGAAGGUGUUUUCUCCUGAACCGUAUAACUAG